GGUGCCGGAGGUGCUCUGUGUACGUGAGGGGUAUGGCGGGCCGCGAGGUGCGGCAGGAGGAGAGGGAGGAGGGCGCGAGGCUGCGCCACAAGGAGGAGCUGAGCCGGAAGAUUAAAGAGCAGAAGGUUGUAGUUGAUGAGCUGUCGAAUUUGAAGAAGAACCGGAAAGUUUAUAAGCAGCAACCCAAUAGCAACAUAUUCUUCCUUGUAGACCGAACAGAAACGCUAUCUCAAUGCAAAAAUACAUUAGAUGAAUUAAAGAAGGCACAUCAGGAGAUGGAAAAUUCAGAAAAGACUAAAAUCGAGAAAUAGUUCAUCUGAAUUCAAAGUCACCAUGUGUGAAUCACUGGUAGGGCAGGACUGAAAGAAUUAGAGGCCAUUAACCCUUCAAGAAAGUGGAACUUUGUGGAGAUCAAUGUUACACCAGAAGAGUUGAAAAAAAUGCGACAACAACGCAUUAAUCACUUAAUUUAUCCACU